UCUUGGACCCUUCUGCACUCACAUUCCGAGAGUCCUCUCUAUUUCCCAGGUGGUGGCUGCAAGACUGCUCUUUGCACACCAUAUUCUUAUUGCUGUACAUGUGAUGGACACACUGGAUCUUGCUUUAAAUCCCAUUGCACUCAGGCUGAAGAUGCACCAGCUCUCUCUGCUAAUGUGCUUCAGUGACUUGCUAGAGAUCUCUUAAAACAAGGCUGGACUUGUCAUGGAUUCAGGACAGAACAAACUGAAGAUGCCGAUGAACAAAAACAUUUCCCUCCUCUCCAACUUGUCCUAUAUCUCCUCAUCUCUACGAAGAGAAGGCAACAGAACGGCACUCGAUAUUGCCCCACAGCAGGUGGUCGUCGGAAUGUUACUAACUGUCAUUGACUUGGUUACAUUUCUUGGUAACACUGUGGUGUUUAUUUGCCCUGCAGUGGAGAAGAGACUAAGGACUGUGACCUACAUGUUCAUCAUGUCCCUGGCAAUGGCCGAUCUACUGGUAGCUUGCUUGGUUAUGCCUUUUAGCAUUAUUUAUGAAGUGACAGGCAUGUGGCUGUUCGGGAAGCAGUUCUGUAAAGUGUGGAUCUCAUUUGAUGUUAUGUUCUGCACCGCAUCGAUUGUUACUUUGUGUUUCAUCAGUCUGGAUAGAUACUGCUCUGUUGUGACUCCUUACCACUAUUCCAAGAGAAUGUCAAGACGCAGAUGUAUCUUCAUGACAAUGACAAUAUGGGUCUAUUCCUCCUUGAUAUCUUUUCUACCCGUCAUGCAAGGUUGGAAUGAGAUACCCGGUAUCGACUUUGACAAUGGGAAAGAGUGCAUCUUUGUGACCAACUGGACCUUUGCAAUUGUAGCCUCGUCACUGGCAUUCUACAUUCCAUUCAUGAUCAUGUGCAGCAUGUACUUCUUUAUUUACAAAGCUUCCCGAUUAAAAGCUACCCGUAUUGUGUCCCAGACACUGGACCUCCAUUACCACCCGAACAGUAAGCGGCAGAACAAUUUGCAACUAGAAAACAAAGCCACAAGGACAAUGAGUAUAAUUAUAUCAGUGUUUGUCAUGUGUUGGCUACCGUAUUUUGUUCUAAAUGUUUGGAUUGCAGCAAAGGGGAGUUCCACCAACGCUGUUCUUGAGAAUGCUUUCAAGUUUAUUACAUGGCUGGGAUACUGCAAUUCUACCAUCAACCCCAUGCUGUAUGCCUUUUUAAACAGAGACUUCCAGAGGGCCCUGAAGAAGUUACUUAUCUGUAGACGUUGGAGGUCACAGGUAGACAUCGGUGAUGACAUGGUUUCAAUAGUAACAUUUUCCAAGACUGCCCAAGACCCUGAUUACAACAUUAAAUUACCAAUGUCGAACUGUGUUUUAAAGAGCAAACAGACUAUGAAAUGUGGACAAACAACUCAAUACUAA